AUGAUACAUAUUUUUUAUAAGACAGCCAUAUUUACUCUCUUAAUCUGGACAACACUGUUAUAUUUUAUCAAAAAUUUAAAAUGUAAUUUUUAUUAUAAUAACAACAAUUUAUCAACAUACGUUAUAAAGCAUAACAGAUUUUUAUCAGAAUAUCAAUCGAACUUUCUUGGUGGGGGAUAUAGUGCAGCUUUAAAAUUAGUAAAUAGUAAAAAAACCGGAACAAAUGUAAGUACAAAAUAUAAUUCAGAAAAUAACAAUACAAAUAAUAAUAUACCAGAAAGUAAUAGUACAUAUACAAAUACAAGGUUAGCAGGAAAUAAUAGUACAACUACAAGCAUUACAAAAGUAACAGAAACUAAUAAAACAAAUAUUAAAUUAACAGGAAACAAUAGUACAACUAUAAAUACAAAUUUAACAGAAAAUACUAAUGCAACCAAAAAAUUAACCGAAAAUGUUAUUACAAAUCAAAUAUUAACAGGAAAUAACAAUACAACCACAAAUACAUCAUCAACAGAACAUAAUAAUAAUAUUAACACAAAUACAAAUUCAACAGGAAAUACUAGUACUACCAAAAAAUUAACCGAAAAUAUUAUUACAAAUCAAAUAUUAACAGGAAAUAACAAUACAACCACAAAUUCAUCCACGACAGAACAUAAUAAUAAUAUUAACACAAAUACAAAUUCAACAGAUAAUAGUAAUACUAAUACAAAUUUAACCGAUAAUACUACUACAACUAAAAAGUGGACUGAUAAUAUAAACACAACACAAAAUUUAACAACAAGUACUAAUACAACUACAGUAUCAACGGAUAAUAAUAAUAAUAUAAAUACAAAACCCACUGAUAAUAAUAACACAGAUAUAAAAUCGACAGAUAAUUAUAACACAGGCACAAAGGAAACAGAUAAUAAGAACACAGACAUAAAAGCAACAGACAAUAAUAAUAUUACAAUAACCACGGAUAAUACUAAUACAAAUGUAAUAUCAACAGAUAGUAGUAAAACAAAUGUAAUAUCAAAAGAUAAUAGUAAUACAAAUACAAUAUCAACAGAUAAUAGUAAAACAAAUGUAAUAUCAACUGAUAAUAAUAAUACAUAUACAAUAUCUACAGAUAAUGAUAAUACAGAUACAAAAGCAACAGAUAAUAAUAAUAAUACAGAUACAAAAGCAACAGAUAAUAAUAAUAAUACAGAUACAAAAGCAACAGAUAAUAAUAAUAAUACAGAUACAAAAGCAACAGAUAAUAAUAAUACAGAUACAAAAGCAACAGAUAAUAAUAAUACAAAUACAAAAGCAACAGAUAAUAAUAAUACAAAUACAAAAGCAACAGAUAAUAAUAAUACAAAUACAAAAGCAACUGAUAAUAAUAAUACAAAUACAAAAGCAACAGAUAAUAAUAAUACAAAUACAAAAGCAACUGAUAAUAAUAAUACAAAUACAAAAGCAACUGAUAAUAAUAAUACAAAUACAAAAGCAACAGAUAAUAAUAAUACAAAUACAAAAGCAACAGAUAAUAAUAAUAAUAAUACAAACCAAUAUGUCUUUGCUAACAAUUAUGAUGAAACAACUUCUGAUGAUAAACUAAAUAAAGAUUCAUGUGAUAAUUCAGAAGAAAAAGAAAAUAUAAAAUCGAUGAUUAACGCUUAUUUAGACAAGUUAGAUUUAGAAACUGUUCGUAAAAUACAUUCAGAUAUAAGUACAUGUAUUGAAAAAAAAAAUAAUCCUAGGAAUCAAAUAACACAUUUAAACAAUUUAAAAAAUAUGUAUAAUAUAAUUAAAUUUAUAGUGGUUAUAUAUAUUGCUUUUAAUUGGAGUGAAGUAAUAUAUAAAUAUGUAGGAAAAUUAAUUUUAGCUUUUGCUUUAUAUAUGUUACUUAAUUAA